CACAGUACACGCAUACCCAUAGCAAAUCUGGUUUGUUCAGAGAUUUGAUUAGAUUCAAGUCUUGUCGAGUAAAGCCCUAGGCCUAGUAGAAUGACAUCAGGAAAGCUUGUGUUACCAUUUGAUACAAGCCCAAGAAUAAGGUCACGAUAUGACACUCUUGUGGUCAGCCAUGGGAAUGAUUAUGAAGGAGAGGACGACAAAAAGAAUGGCAAAGAAUAUGCUGCAUUUCUCAGAGAACAAGAACGGAAAUGUGGACCCGAUGGCUACCUGGACUCGUCCAAAUACACCCAUACCUUUGAACUUAAAGGAAAAGUAAUAGAUACAAAACAAGCUCGCUCAAAACAAAAUGGUGCAACAAAGCCAGAGCUAGCUCCUUUAGCACCCACCACUAAAACUACUGUGUGUGUGGGCAAACCCAAGGCAGACACAGUUGUCGACCUGAUGUCCAAGAUCAUCAAAGAUGAAAAAGACUUCAAUAAACGAAUGAAAGUAAUUGAGGAUCAUAUGUUGCAACAUAAACAAGAAGAACGUGAACUCAAAAGGUCAGAGGGAGAUGUAAUAAAGAAUCAACAGCAGCUUCGGCGAACCAUGAGAGACUAUGAGAAUGCCAUUUUACGAAAGAAGCAAGCAGAGGCCCGAAAAAUACUUGAAAAUCAAAAGAAAGAGUUUUUCAUUACCAGGGACCAUGUGCACAGAAAGGAGCAAAUGAACAAAUCCAGAAUUGAACAAACUUUAACGAAAGCUCAACAAGAUAAGGAUGAAGACAGAAAAGUCUUUGUUUCUGUUGGGGACUUGGAGAGAAAGUAUCGGGCAAAAAUUGCAGAGAUUGAAAUGAGAAGAACAGAAGUAAUGCGUCUGAAUGAGGAGUACACAAAAAAAUUGAAGAUGAAAGAGGAGGAGACGUUUAAAUUGAACAGAGAUUUGGCAGAGAUUGCCCUCGCUGUAAACAUGGAGGCACAAAAGAGACGCGCCAUCCACUUUCAACACAUCAAGGACCAUCAUGCUGAAUCAAAGGAUAAGAUGCAAGUUGGUAAUGAGAUAGAGUCAGCCUAUGAGACAAAAGUGAAGAAGACACAAAUUAAAGGAGAUCAGUUUGAGAACAACAGGCGGAGAUUGAGUCUUGACCUGACUGUCUCCAAAUCAAACUUAGAAGAAAAAUCACGAGAUGAGGGAAGACAGCUGCUAGACACACGUAACAGACUUCAAGACAACUUCAUCCUUCAGAAGCAACUACAGGAAUCUGCGUUGAAUGCCAAGUUAGACCUCAAGAGUAAAAAAAUGAAUAGCAGACUCCAGGCUCAUGAAUCUCGGAAGCAGAUGCGAUUAAAAGAGUUUUCUCUCCAGAAACGAAGACAAUACGAACAAAAGGAAACACAGUGGGAGGAUAGGUUCCAGAAAAGAAAUCAAGAUUCAAAACGACGAGAAAAUGAAGAUAAUCUAAAACAUAUAACGAAGGAGGUCAACAAACUCGAGGAGGUGGAGCAUGAUCUCUUCAACAGAGUAAGGAAUGCAGAGUAUACACGCAAACAGCGAGAGCAGAUGUGUAAACGCCUUAAAGGAAAGCUUCUUGACCUACGGAGAAAAAAUGCUGAAACACUAAAACGGCAAAUGUUGCAAUGUUUAGAGCAGGAGAAAGAAGUAGAACAAAAGCUUCUACGAGAACAAGCCGAAUUGGACAAGGCCCAUGUUAACAGAGAAGAAAACUACCUAACCCUACAGCAGCACAGGAUCAAAAUGAGGGAGGAUCAGUAUGUACUAAGUGAAACCGCAAGAGAACAUAACCGUCUCAUGCGAAUUGGAGAGAAAACCGAUGAUCUAAGUGCCAGCGUGUCAUGAAGUAUGAAUUUAUAUUGUCGCAUGUGCAAAAUGAAAUUUAUAAA